AUCUGAGCUUUUUUGGUUCAUAAAAUCAGACCAAAACUCUCACUCUCACUCUCCCCCCCCUCUCUCUCUCUCUCUCUCUCUCUCUCUCUCUCUCUCUCUCUCUCUCUUUCAAUUUCUGCUGCCUUUAAGCUUAAUGUAAGUUGGCAUUCAAAGACCCAGCAAGGAUUUGGCUGGAAGUAGAAUGGCAUAUAUGUGUACGGACAGUGGAAAUCUAAUGGCGAUUGCUCAGCAGGUCAUCAAGCAGAAGCAGCAGCAAGAACAACAGCAGCAACAACAGCAGCAGCAGCAACAGAUUCUGGGUGUGAACUCUUUUUGCUUGAAUCCAUGGCAGACGCCUCAUCCGGGGUUGAGUGGUGGUCCCAGUUUGGGAUAUGGGCUCGGCGGGGCGGCGUUUGCGGACCCGUUUCAGGUCGGCGGCGGGGGCGGGGAUGGUGCGGAGGCGGGGUUUCAGUUUCCGAGCUUGGAGCAGCACGGCGGAGGGGUGUUUCCGUUUGCUGAUUUCGGUGGCGGGGCGGGCGGCGAGUUUGACUCAGAUGAGUGGAUGGAGAGUUUGAUAGGCGGUGGGGAUUCCACGGGGAGUUCCAAUCUUCACUCCGGAUGUGACGCGUGGCAGACUAGCUCGGAGUUCGGUCUCUACGGUUCGGAUCCGUUUGCUGGCCCGAGUCGACUCAGUAUUGCCUCGUCGGCGCCUUCGAAUCUCAUUUUCUCUGAAGCUCAGAAGAAUAAUAAUAUUAAUACUUGCCCUCUACAACCUCAAACGUCGGAGUGGGCCCCUACUUCAACUUCGCCGCCGGCACAGCAAACAAGCCCGACUCACCGAAACGACGUCGUAGCAGCAGCAGCAGCGGGCACCUCCUUCAGUUCGCCGGACAAUUUAUCGUCAAAACCGUUACUUAAAGCGUUAGUAGACUGCGCUAGAUUGGCGGAGUCGGAGCCGGACAAUGCUACGAAAUCGCUGGUUCGACUGAGGGAUUCGGUUUCCCAGGACGGAGAUCCGACGGAGCGAGUUGCGUACUAUUUCUCCGAAGCGCUCUACAGUCGGCUUUCUCGGCAACCGGCGACGAUUCCGUUUCCGAUGGGCGUAGAAGCGAGCUUAGAAGAGUUCGCGCUGUCUUACAAAGCUUUCUACGACGCUUGCCCGUAUUCAAAGUUCGCUCACUUGACAGCUAACCAAGCGAUUCUAGAAGCUACCGAGAAAGCUUCGAGGAUUCACAUCGUUGAUUUUGGUAUCGUGCAGGGCAUUCAAUGGGCGGCUCUUUUACAGGCCCUGGCAACCCGACCCGCCGGAAAACCCAAAUACAUUCGGAUUUCCGGCAUUCCCGCUCCGGUGCUCGGAAAAUCUCCGACGGCCUCGCUUUUAGCAACCGGGAACCGUUUGCGCGACUUCGCCAAGGUUUUGGAUCUGAAUUUCGAGUUCGAUCCGGUUCUGACCCCUAUUCCGGAGCUAAACGAGUCCAGUUUACGGGUCGACCCGGAUGAUGCUCUCGCCGUCAAUUUCAUGCUUCAGCUAUACAAUUUAUUGGACGAGACGACGGCCACCGUGGAGGCCGCACUGAAGCUCGCGAAAUCGCUGAAUCCCAGCGUUGUAACGUUGGGGGAAUACGAAUUGAGCCUGAAUCGGGUCGGGUUCCUGGAGAGGUUCACGAAUGCGCUCAAUUACUACUCCUUAGUUUUCGAGUCUCUGGAUCCGAAUAUGCCUCGAGACUCGCCGGAGAGGCUGCAGGUGGAGAGGCUGUUGCUUGGGCGGAGAAUCGCCGUGAUGGUGGGCCCGGCGGAACAGGAGACCAAAAGAGAGUGCACUGAAGAUAAAGAACAGUGGAAAAUCCUGAUGGAAAGCGCAGGUUUUGAGCCGCUACCACUCAGCCAUUACGCAAUGAGCCAAGCAAAAAUUCUUCUCUGGAACUACAGUUACAGUGCUUCAUAUGGGCUGAUUGAAUCUCCACCUGGGUUUCUCUCCUUGGCCUGGAACGAUGAACCUCUCCUCACUGUUUCUUCAUGGCAUUGAUUGAAUGAAGAAAGCAACAAUCACAGAAUUUACCCACAAAUCUUCCAUGAAUUUGCCAAUUAUUGUGUUUUGAAAGCCAUCCAUGAAGCUCUGAAGCCCCACCUUGGUCAUUUAAUUUGAUGUUCCCUGUAAUCAGUAUGACCAAAAAGAUUAGUAUACAUUGAUAUUUUUGAUCUCUUUAGAGUUUAGACCAACCCAAGAUGUUAUUAACUUUGCAGCUUGACUUAUCAAGAUUGAUCAAGGUCCCAUGUUUAUAUCUCUGUGGUUUUGUUUUUUUGUUUUGUGGUAUUUGCUCAGUAGAUUUGGUAGGAAUAGUUUCUUACUGCCCUCUUUUUUCUUCAGGGCAGGGUUGGGAAGGUCUUGAUUCUUGAAAGUUGAAAGACAGGGAACCAAGUGUAACUGUGUAUAUAUGGUUUUAGUUUUUACUAUGGAUAUUGAUUUGCAUUAAA